ACACACACACACACACACACACACUCUCGCUCUCUCACUCACACACACACACACCAAUCCGGAAAUAACAAACCCACAAGUUAAUGAGUCGCAAGUUUAGGCAGCGGCUCAGAGACAGAAAUGUGCGCCUGGAGGCAAAGGCGCGCCUGUGAGCUACUAAAACACCUCAGUGAUUGAAGACUUAUACAAGCAUUGAUCAUGGGGAGAAGAGGAGCAGCCCAGAGAGAUGAAGAGUUCAGUUUUGUCAGUCCAGUCAUCAAAUAUUUACUUUUCUUCUUUAAUACCAUAUUUUGGAUUAUCUCAGUGGUGCUGAUGGCCAUCGGUGUGUACGCCAGGAUCAGUAAACAUGAGGCAGCGAUGGCGUGUUUAACGGUGGACCCUUCUAUAAUUCUGCUGAUCGUUGGAGUUCUCAUGUUUUUCCUCACUUUCUGUGGCUGUGUUGGUUCACUCCGAGAGAACAUCUGUCUCCUGCAGACGUUCUGCAUCUGCUUGAGUAUCAUCUUUCUUCUGCAGUUGGUGGCUGGAAUUUUAGGCUUUAUCUAUUCAGACAAGGUGCAGUAUAAAGUGAGCGAAAUGGUCUACAAAGCAAUCAAGCAUUACAGAGAUGACCUGGACUUGCAGAACCUUAUUGACUUUGGACAAAAAGAGUUUGCCUGCUGUGGUGGUAUUUCUUUUAUGGACUGGUCACAGAACAUCUACUUCAACUGCACGGAGGAGAACCCGAGCAGAGAGCGCUGUGCCGUGCCCUUCUCCUGCUGCCUGAUCUCUAAAGACGAGGCUCUAAUAAACACUAUGUGUGGACAUGGCACACAGAAGCUGGAGAUGCUAAAAGCCAGCGCUUUCAUCCACACCAGUGGCUGCAUCGACAAACUCGUCAACUGGAUCCACAGCAACCUGUUUGUGCUGGGAGGCAUAGCGCUGGGCCUCGCCAUCCCUCAGCUGGUGGGAAUCCUGCUCUCUCAGGUCCUGAUAAACCAGAUCCAAGAUCAGAUUAAACUUCAGGACUACAACCUGCAGCACCACUCGGACCCGUGGAGCUGAACGCGCCAUUAUUACAAUCAGGAUGUAAAUAAUACUCCACAUGCAGUAGAUAUAUCUGUACAUAACAGCCACGUCCAGAGGUUCUAGAGGAGACCGUGAUGUGUUGUGAACGCUGUGGUUGUUACACUGACGGCUUCUUUUUCGUCUUUUCCUGUUGAAGGUUCGACAGACAUGGAAGUUAAAAUUCGAAUUUUAAAAACGUAAAAGAAAACAAAAAGAUUUUUAUACAGGUCAUGUGAUAUUUAUUCAUUUGCACUAGGAGAACUUUUUAAUGACGGGCAACACCGGAAAUUUCAGAACGUACCCGUGUGUGUUAUACAUUUCAGGGUUGAGACAUUUUUACGUUUAUACACACUUUGCAGAAAAUACUUGUAAUACUUAAAAAGUUUUGUAUUUAGUUUUUCUCUGUACAAGCGAUUUCACAUAACAAAUCGUCGCUGUCGGGCGGAAACCUCGUAUGUCCAAAUUUGGUCAAUUUCAUAUUUUUUUCACAUAUCGAUGCUAUUGGUCAGUCCCCACGUGGGUCUGUUAUUUUUACAAGUUAUUAACCAAUCUAAAGUCUUGAAAAUAGCUUGAGCGCAAAUCUCAUAACUCCAUUGGACACUUCAACUGUCCACCUCUUCCUCACUCCGUGGGAGAGCUUCACGGCAUAUUUCUCCUCAAGAAGAGUCGCAACGAAUCAACACGUCUUCUGAGGUAAAUGUCUUCAAAACACUGGACUCAAAGAAAAAAAAAUCUUGACCCCCGCUAGUUCUGGUGCUCGUCUGAGGACAGGAAUUUAGCGCAAGACAAUCCACUACAACGCAGACUAAACCCUGUGCACUGCAGAUAAGGUACGGCGUUUUUUUAAUUUCCUGAAAAAUAACGGUUUUGGAGAUACGAGGAUUCCGCAUGACAGUGACGAUAUACAUAGGUUUAGUCCACAACACAAUAAUAACAGAAUUGACACAAAUGAACCGGUUUAAGCGUUCACACAGGCUCGGUACUUAAUCCUGCGUUUCGUUACCUGGACGAUCGACAUCUGUUUUUAUCUUUUGUAAGAGUUACUUAUGAGACCUUUGUUUGUCCUGAGCAGUUAAUCUGCACUUUUCUUCAUAUAAAAAGAAAUCCUCAAGGUUCUGCACGUUUUUCCCUUUUCCAGCAUCUUCUGAAUUUUUGACUCCUUACCGUUGGCUGUUAUGUCAUGCUGAGAUUCGUGUUUUCACGCUGAAGACGUCUGAGGGACUAAAACCAAAUGAUGGAGAUGGUUUCGGGAAGUAGGAGGAAACUGAAGAACCCUGAAGGAACCCAAACAGAGACGAUGGGGGCCAGUCAUCUUAACUCAGGUUCUAACCCUGGAUAUGACGUCACCUUCUACGUCACGACAUCAUUAGUGAUCAUUUUACGAUAUCAUAAAAACACUGUAAAAGAUUUUAAUACUGUUAAAAAUCUUACCUUCUGCCUUAAGAGUAAACUCACAUUUUAUUUAUCCUUUAUUUGACAGGAUGUGCCAUGACAACUCGGGGGGGGGGGGUUUGGUGAUUAGUCUUCCUAUUUUGUCUAUAUUCUCUUCUAUUCGGUGUUUGAGUCGUUCUGUAUGUUAGUAUUUGAUUACUUUUUUUUUCAAGAUUUAUUUUGUCCAGCACUGUAAAUAAAAAAAAUGAAUUAAAAGUUUUAUAACCGUCAUGUAA